CCGCGGGCCGGGCCGAGUGCAGGAAUGUGCUGAAACGGCUGGAUUCUUGUCUGUGCCAGAAUUGCGAGCGGUGCCGAUGAGGUGCAGGGCUGCCCAGUGGCGCGGCUGCAGUGCAACAGGGCCCGACGGGCCCCCAGCGUGCUCGGCGCGGCCGUGGAUUCGGCCGCGGGCCUGCAGAGGCGAGGGCGCGAGCACGUGGGGGGUAUACAGAGGUUUUAGUCGCAGAGCGCAGUUCGUCGCCGAAGGACCGCGUUUUCGAGCUCUGAGAGAGCUCUCUCAGAUGGCGAGAGAGCUACAUUAGACUUGGAAUGUCAACGAAAACGAGACGAAACACAGCUGCAGGUGGUGUUCGAUCAUCUGCGAUGAAGAUUCUGGAGCCUGCAAGUGAGAUUUUCCGAUACUACGAAGAGCGGAUCAACUCGAAGGGGAGGACAUGCUACCGAGUGUCGUCGGAAUCGAGGCGCAGCGGUGCGGCCGUGGUCGCUCGCGAUAAGUCGGGGUCCAAGAUCCUUCAACCCGCAGAAGAGAUCGUUCGAUGCUACGAGGAGCGAAUUUACUCGCUGAAGGGAGUGAAGGGCGCGAUUCAGGAGCGGAUUCGAUCCAUCGAGAGUACGAGUGUGAACGGGCCCCUGCACGUGCUCACGGACGAGGUGGUGGAAGAGCAGAUUGUCCUCAAGGUCGACGAGCAUGCCGAGCAUGCCGUGCUCCGCGAGCAGGACGAUCACGAGCAGGCGGUGGGCGUGGGCGUGGAUGUGGAGGUGCAGGUCGAGGUGGAGGUGCAGGUCGAGAGCGGCAAGAUUUCGGCCGCCGGGAUGGACAGCUUGCACAAGGAGAUCGAGUCGGUGCGGGUGGACAGGUUGGAUCGGCGCGUGAGCGAGCUCGAGAAGGAGAACGAAAUGUUGCGCAAGGAGAGGGAUUUACGACUGGGCGAUCUGAGGAGACUGUGUACAGAGGUAGACCAAUUCCUGGACGUCGUGGAGAGUUUUCUAGACGAGCCGUGCUGUAGUAGAGGGAAGGGCCCCGCGUCGCACGAGGCGGGCAGGCGAGCGAGCUCGAGCUCAAGCGUGAAGAAUUUGACGAUGACAAUGAAGACGCUGAAGAACAGCACCGACAAAAGGAAGAGGCCGGAGCUGGACCGGAGUCGGAAGCCCCUCAAGGGCUCGUUCUACCGCGAGAAAACGCCGGUCGCCUCUCAUGCCACGAGCACGGCCAGCUCGAGCCUGAAGAAGAUGCUCAUGAUGGGAAGUCGGAAACGAAAACGGCCCGACGUGGAACGCCGAGAAGUCAUCGUGCGAAAACUUGUGCUUCCGCCGGGCCUGCUUCCCUGGAGGCCGUGACGGAAUCGGGACGCGACGCGAGUCACGAGUUGAACCGCACACGGGUCGAAACCGAACCCAUCCAGAAGACUGACUGGACUGUAUUGUACACGAGCUCUAGAUGACGAUCUUCAAUCCAGAGUUGUAACCAUCCUUUCCUUCUUCCUGCUCUGGGACCAACCUCACCUCACGUACCUGGCAGCAGUCGACUGCCGCACUGGAUCGAGCGCAUUAAAUCUAAACACUCAAACUGGCAGGAAUUGGAUUGAAGAGCUUAGCUGGGUCGAUCUGUAUAUAAUCAAAGGAAGCAAUUUUUGGCACGGGGAUGCAUGUUGUAGUGAUUAUAUAUAUACCUGUGAACAGAAGGUAUUGCAAAUGUGUACAUUCCAAUUGAAUUUCAAUCGUUAACCAUCCUUUCGGAAGGGUGACGUCUAGCGUUGCCACUUGAGACUUAGUGCAUAUAGUACUUGUGUACAGGUUGAACAGGAUUAGGAGAUUCGAAUGUCCCACUUGUGAUCAGAUCUGUUUUCUCUCGACCUAGCUCUGUCAGCCGCUCACACGGUCGAUGUAAUAAUCGGUGGACCCGAACUAUUGUGAACAACGUCACCCGUAUGUUCCGCAGCAAUAAAGCUUCGAACUAACGAACCGCUAACUGAACCAUAUGAACUUAGCCAACAACCUGCAAUUUUGCCCGAACCGAUCCCCCUUCGAGUUGUAAAAG